AGAAAAGCAUACAAGAUGAACAAGCCCGCUAUGUAUAACAGCAAUCAGAAAACGCUAUAUGGAUUCCUUACUCACUGCAGAGCAUACUUUUUGCAUUAUGCAACCCAGUUCACUAUGGAAUCUAAGAAGAUCAUUCUUGCAGGAACUUGCCUUAAAAAGGAUGCUCUUAUUUAA